UGCCCGCCGAGGAAAUGAACCGCCAGAUAUCGCGCCGAGUUCGCGCCGCAGGCCAAUUUGUGUAGGCAGUUCAUUCCUUGCCGAGAUGCUGGUUGUGGCAUUGCUGGCGUUCGCACGAUGCACUUUGCCGACAGUCGUGCACGGCCUGGGCGUGCCUUACAGCCUGGUGGUGCUCGGGCACGACGACCUUGUCAGCGACAAGACUGCUCGCAUAUGGGACUCCGAUGACAGCACCUGCUUUUCAAUGCCUGCGGAGCUCAACAAAACGAUGGCGUCCGUGCGGCUCUUCCUGGAUCCACCGGUAGACCUCGGCCUCGUACGGGUCGUGUCGGAACCACAGCCAAAUGUCGUUUACUACCUCCUUGAGGACAACAGCAAUGGGUUCCCAACAGCUGAGAAAGACGACUUGGAAGGCAAUGUGUGGAUCUACGGCGGUGAGCUUUCAGCCAAGGUCCGUGGUGUCGACAUACACAGUGUAACAGAACUGUGCGAAGUGACCAUAUUCAACAUCAGCGACAAAAUAGACAAGCUAGAUCUUUUGCCACAGGCUUCGGGGCGCACAGAAGCUUCUCGACAACCAAUGACCACUGGGAAAGUUUCGUGGCGGCUAAUAUUAUAUUCCACAUUGCCAGUAAUGGUCGUUGCAGCAAUACUGGCAACAGUACUUUUCUGGAAAAGGAGAAAAGUCCCCUGCCUCCGUGCCAGCUACGUGUCCAAACUACAUCCAGCGAAACGGCAAGGUAGACGACCCCUACCAUUAACGCCAGAUGAAGAGGACGACGACAUGCCCGCAUUUGACACCAGCGACACGGCAGCGCUCUUCCAUAGUCGCAUUUCCAGCCAACCCGAAUGGACUCAGUCGCAGAGGAACGGGCAGGAUGCCGGCCGACAUCGUGGCUCAAAUCCCGACAUCAUAUCUGACCUCGCAUUCGUCAACCACUUGCUGGAAGCGUCGCACGAGUACGCUACACUGGAGCCUCCAGCGGAAAGGGACUCGGGCAUUAAACACCUAGAUGUCUGACGCAUAAAAUAAAAACUAUAGGGCCUUCAUGACACGUUUGCGUUACAUUAAAGGGACAAUAAGGAAACGCUCUAAUUCAGUUUAGGCUGCAAGGUUGUUGUUUUAAGGCUCUGUUUGCAUUACUUUGGUGAGAAAGAGUUGAUAAUUCAGAGGAAAAAAAUGAAGCUUGAGUUUCUCUUUGAAUUACAUGGUGAAGACCACGGUGCUGGUGACGUGACAAAUUUCACUCCAGCUUUGUUAAAAUUUACUUGCUUUUACGCUGGAAACGUUUCCAAAUGUCAGAUUUAGCCUUUGAUUUCGUUUGAAAAUACUGUUGUAUCGUCAUUGGCUGACAAACAAAAAGGCAGGCUUAAGCAGAUGCUACAAGGAUCUAUGGCAUUGCAAGAAGUUGGCUCAGGAAAUUCGAUGUGGUGUCGCCAUCCGUGUUCUGUUUCAUCAUCCUUUCUGGUUUGCUGUCUCAGACCACAGUGAAACUCGCCUGCUUGGUAUUCCUCAUGCGCAACCUUCCAACCUAGUUCAGCUUCGUGUUUCUCUAUAGUGUCGCUUUUAAGGGUCCCUAACAGCACUUUCAUGAUAAUGUAGCCCUCAACUGGCCUGUCCAGGUGCCGCCCAAUGAAUAAUUUGACGAAGUAAUCUUAUUUAAAUGUUGCCGUGACAUCUGAAUGAUGGGUGUACAGAGCCAAUAAAAUUCCACUCUCGGCUCUCUACACAACAGAGCUGGCUUUUC